AUGGACAUGUUUGUACCGUCGCCAAAAAAGAUUGCAUGCAUAGGCAUGGGAAAAUUAGGACGAAUGCACGCAUCCAUGCUACCUACAUAUUUUCCUACAAUUGAAAAAAUAUUAUGCUUUUCGCAUAAAAGUAAUUUUGACGAUAUUGUCAGUGGAAAAAUUAUUAAAUGUAAUAGUUGGUUGGAAGCUAUACAAGAAGCAGAGAUUAUUAUUACAACUACUUCAGCAAAUGAGCCAUACAUUAAAGCUGAUGAUAUUAAUGGUGAUAAAUUAUUAAUCAAUCUAUCAUUAAUGGAUUUUGACUUGAGUGUUUUUCAAAAGUCAUCUGCUAUUAUCGUAGACAAUUGGUUUCAAUGUACCCAAGCGAAAAAAGUGUUCAAACAAGGAGUGGAUAGUGGAAUUAUUCAGCGACAUCAUGUGAUUGAAUUUGGGGAUUUAAUAGAUAAAACAAAUACAAAUGAUAAAUGCCUUCAGAACGGAAUUAUUAUGAUUAACGCUCUGGGAAUGGCAAUUGAAGACAUUAUUAUCGCUCAAGCUGUGUACAAUAAAUUAAUGUAUAUGUCUACAAUAAAGCCUAAUUACUUCUAUAUGGACAAUCGAAUGAACCCUUUAACUGAUCCACCAAUAAGUGAUGCGAUAGCUAUAUAUAAUUCUUAUAGCAAAUUAAUCGAGCAACUUGAAAACGACAAAAUUUCAUUAGAAAAACGCGUCCAAAUGCUGGAACAAGAGAUUGAGACUCUAAAAAAGUCCCCCAUGCCAUGA